AUGCAGCGGCCUGACAUGCAAGCCGCUCAUCUACAAGGAGGUAUCGGCUUUUCCGAUGGCGCCUCCUACACCAUCCCCAUCAGCCCAGAGUCUCCUAGCGUCCCUGCCUUCUCACCCAUGCAGCAAGUCCCGAAUACUGCACCUCCUCCUCCCACCGCGGAACACAAACAUGAGCUGUUGAAAGGCAAAUCGACUGCCGACACGUUCGCAUACAGCACUCUCCAGAUCAACCCCGUCACCCUCUCAUGGAGAGAUAUCACCUACGACGUCAAGCUCAAGCGCAAGAACCCCGAGACCGGCAAGACCGAGGUCAUCGACAAGCGCAUCCUCGACGGCCUCUCUGGCGUCGUCCGGCCCGGGGAGAUGCUCGCCAUCUGCGGGCCCUCGGGAGGCGGCAAGACCACCCUGCUCGACGCCAUCGCCGGGAGGAUCGACCCCAACCGCAAGGGCAGGAAGUUCUCCGGCGACGUGCUGGUCAAUGGCAAGGUGCGCGACGAGACGUUCAGCUUGGUGGCGUCGUACGUGCAGCAGGAGUACGCGCUGCAGACGCCCUUCACGGUCAAGGAGACGAUGGCAUACGCGGCGGACCUGCUCAUCCCCCACUCGGAGAGCACAAGGGAGGAGCGGAGGAUGCGGGCGGAGAACGUGACGCACGUGCUGGGGCUGGACUCGUGCAACAACACCAUCGUAGGAGACGUGUUCCGCAAGGGGCUGAGCGGAGGGCAGCUCCGCCGCCUGUCGAUUGCGGUGGAGCUGGUGCGGAACCCCUCCAUCCUCCUGCUGGACGAGCCGACGUCAGGCCUCGACUCGGCUGCGGCAGAGAACAUCAUGCAGCACUUGUCGCACCUGGCCAAGAUGGGGACGACGGUGGUGUGCACUAUCCACCAGCCUCCGUCAGAGGUGUGGGCCAACUUCGACAAGUUCCUCCUGCUGUCUAGGGGCAAGUGCCUCUACUUCGGGACGGCGAGCACGACGGUGGACUACUUUGCGCGCAUGGGGUAUCCCUGCCCGAGCCAGUCGAACCCGGCAGACUUCUUCCUGAGGCUGGCCAACACGGACUUCGAGGGUCACGCGGACAUCGAGGCGCUCUCGAAAGGCUUCAAGACCCAGCCCGAGGGCAUGGCGCUCGCGGCGGGAGUUGCCGCUCCCAUCCAGCACGAGAUCCAUCCACACAAGAAGACCAACGGGUUCCUGGUGCAGCUGAUGAUUCUGUCGCACCGAGCCUUCUUCAACAACGCGCGUAACCCGGGUAUCUUCCUCGUCCGCCUCAUCAUGUACGCCAUGCUGUGCGCGAUCAUCGGCUUCAUGUUUUGGAACCUCCAGCUGGGGCCGUCGGACAUCAACAGUCGCAUCACCAUGCUCUUCUUUGUUGCUGCGUUCCUCACCUUCAUGUCGGUGGCGGUGCUGCCCUUCUUCAUCGUGGAGCGAGCUGUGUUCCUACGCGAGCGAGCCAACGGCUGGUAUGUGGUGCCGGCCUAUGUGCUGGCGACGUUCUUCAUGUCAUUGCCCGGGCUGUUCAUGAUCGCCCUGCUGAGUACGAUCCUGGUGGUGCUGCCGUCGGGGCUCACGGGCUUUGGCAUCUUCCUUCUCGACCUCUUCCUUGCGCUGAUGGCAGCGGAGGCGUUCAUGUGCGUGGUGGCGUCGGUGGUGCCUCACUACAUCAUCGGGAUCGCGCUGGGGGCAGCGGUGUACGGCUUCUUCAUGUUGUGCGAGGGCUUCAUGAAGAUCAAGGACGACAUCCCGGACUACUUCAUCUGGGGGUACUACAUCGCGUUCCACACGUACGUGUUCAGGGCGUUCAUGGUGAACGAGUUUGAGAACAUCGACUACUUUGUCAACAGCCCGCAGUUUGCGGACGGGAAGGCGGUGCUGAAGUUCUACAACAUGGAGGAUAAGCCUGUGUGGAAGGACCUACUGAUCGUGCUGGGGUAUGCGAUUGGUCUGCAGCUGAUCUUCGGGACGAUCCUGCAGGUGUUCCACAAGGGGAAGCGGUGA